AUGGCGACAGAGAUUUUGAGAACGAAAUGGAUGGCCAUGACGGCGAGCAUAUGGAUCCAGUGCACCGGAGGAGGUUCAUACACCUUCGGAAUCUACUCGGCGGCCUUGAAAUCAACUCAAUCGUACGACCAAUCAACCCUUGACACAGUCUCCGUCUUCAAAGACAUCGGGGGAAACGUCGGCGUUUUAUCUGGACUCGUAUACACUGCAGCCACCUUCAACCGCCGCCGUAGUGACGGAAAGGAAGGCCGAGGAGGACCGUGGGUGGUGAUUCUGAUCGGAUCAAUCAUGUGCUUCACCGGUUAUUUCCUAAUGUGGGCUUCCGUUACCGGUCUGAUUAAAAAACCGCCGGUUCCGGUUAUGUGUCUGUUCAUGCUCAUAGCUGCGCAGUCUUUGACUUUUCUCAACACGGCCAACGUCGUGAGCUCCCUUGAGAAUUUCUCCGAUUAUGGUGGUACUGCCGUUGGCAUUAUGAAGGGCUUUGUUGGUUUAAGUGGAGCGAUGUUGAUACAACUGUAUGAAACAAUAUGCCCUGGAGAUCCAAAGACUUUUAUACUUCUACUUGCAAUAGUACCUUCACUGCUCUCUGUUUUGGUGAUGCCUCUGGUGAGGAUAUAUGAGACAAGCACAGUCGAUGAGAAGAAGCAUUUAGAUGGUUUAUCAACUUUAUCUCUUGGCAUUGCAGCUUACCUUAUGAUCAUUAUCAUUCUCAAGAGCACUUUUGGUUUACCAUCAUGGGCUAAUACCUUUACACUUGCGAUUCUACUCGUUCUGCUUACCUCGCCUAUGUUAAUUGCGAUUAGAGCACACCGAGACAACAUCGAGAAACCUGUUUAUUCUCUUCUUGAAGCAACAAGCUUGUUGCUGAUUGAAGAUAAAAGCUUGAAUGUGUUACAAGCUAUGCGUAAAGUAGACUUCUGGUUGCUGUUUCUUGCGAUGGUAUGUGGAAUGGGAUCGGGGAUCUCGACGAUAAACAACAUGAGACAGAUAGGAGAGUCUCUUCGGUACUCUAGCGUCGAGAUCAACACGUUGUUGUCUUUGUGGAGUAUAUGGAACUUCAUUGGCCGGUUUGGAGCCGGUUAUGCCUCGGAUGCGUUGUUACACAGAAAAGGAUGGCCACGUCCGUUGCUAAUGGCUACGACUCUUGGCAUUAUGACCAUUGGCCAUCUGAUCAUAGCUUCUGGUUUCAAAGGAAAUCUUUACGCCGGUUCGGUUAUCGUAGGGAUUUGUUACGGUUCGCAAUGGUCGUUGAUGCCAACGGUUACGUCGGAGCUGUUUGGGGUUAAGCAUAUGGGCACAAUCUAUAAUACCAUUUCGAUUGCUAGUCCUAUGGGUUCGUAUAUCUUCUCUGUGAGAUUGAUUGGUUAUAUCUAUGAUCGGACUGUUGUUGGAGAAGGUAACACGUGUUAUGGUCCUCAUUGUUUUAGACUGUCCUAUGUGAUUAUUGCAUUUGUGGCUUUCCUCGGAUUUCUUGUCUCAUGUGUGCUGGUUUUUCGGACAAAGACUUUGUAUCGACAGAUCUUCGAGAAGAGGUUGCAUCGUCGUCGACAAGAGUCGUGA